AUGUUGAGAAACGAAAGGGAUGCCUCAUGGUUUUUUGUUCAUGCGGUGUCGUCCACAGUACUGACAAUUCUCACUUUGGCCUCGAGUCCUUUCCUCGUGCUACAGCAUAGCACGACAAGUGAUAGCAGCGAUAGAGUGGGCAUUCGAAAACGGUGUGUACGCGGUGAGGCAUGUGGUUUGGCUCUAAGUACCGUAGCUUUCUCUGGCUCUUCAAAUUCCCCCUUGAAUCUUUUCACAACACAUCACCAUCGUCUGCUUAAGGAGGUAAAUUUUGAGUGUGGUCUCGAUAGCGACAGUGCACCUUGGCCUUGA